AUGUCAUAUCACAACAGCGCUUAUGAUGAUUAUUCUCAAGAAAGUCAAGGGGAAUAUCAACCUGCACGAGCAGGCUGGAAACAAACACAAAAUUACCCCAACGGACCACAAGAUUCAUAUCAGCCUCCUCCUCGCGGUGCCAGUUUAAACAAUCCUACAACUCAGAAUUCCAAUAACAACAAUAUGAACGGCUAUGGUGGGGGUUAUCAACAGAACCCCAAUGUCGGGGCGACGUUCUAUCCAGGUGGAGGGGAUGACUUUUAUAUGCCUCCUAAUGUAGUGUCUCCAAUGCCACAAAGAAUCAUGCCAGAAGUUCCAAACAAUAUGCAAGAUAGUCUUGCGAACCUUGAAUUAAAUGAUGGAUAUCGAGUAAGCUCGCAUUCUGCCUUUUCAUCUGUUCAAUCGUAUAAUGACAAUUUACAGCAAGGGACCAGCGAAUCUUCGAGAUCAAGUCAUAGCAAUCGAAACAGCGGACCGGGUUACACAGCAAACUACGAACAUACAAAUGCAGCAAUAUAUCAGAAUUUGAAGGGGCCUUAUGGUGCGCCACGAUCCCAGCCUGACUCCCCUAGGUUUUCGCCAUUUCCAAAACCCCGAAACGCAGGUCAGAAUGUACCUUUGUCAGAUGAGGAUAAAGAAGAAGUCUUAGAGAGAGCGAGACCAAUGGUUUUGAAAUCUACCGAUCCAGAGAUGCAAUUGGCAUGGGCUCAAGAUGCACUGUCUUGGGUGGAAGUAGCCAGCAGUACUUAUGAGCGAAAGGUCGAUGACUCGCGAGCUCCGACACCAAAGGUUGAGCAUCAAUUACGGGUUGAUGCGAUAAGCAUUGUCAACUUCCUCGCAGAACAACAACAUCCCAAGGCAGAAUUUAUGAAGGCGAUGUGGCUAGAGUUUGGUAAAUUUGGGUAUCGAAUGGAUAAAAAGGAAUCGUUCCAAGGUUAUCAGCGAGCUGCACAGAAAGGAUACGCUCGAGCAGAAUACCGAAUAGGAAUGCAAUUCGAAAAUACCAUGAACCCUACGAAAGCCGUCGAACAUUACCAAAGAGGUGUAUACCUGAAGGAUUCUGCGGCCAGCUAUAGGCUUGGAAUGGCUACUUUGCUUGGUCAAUGUGGCAUGCAACAAGAUUAUGCUAGGGGUAUAGAUUUGAUUCAAUUCGCAGCCGACACGGCGGAUGAGAAUGCCCCUCAGGGUGCUUACGUUUACGGAAUGCUGCUAGCCAGAGAGUUACCCAAUAUUACCAUGCCCGAUGAAUACCUACCAUACGAUUUGAACGAAGCCAAGAUGUUUGUUGAAAAAGCUGCUUACCUCGGAUUUGCCAAAGCACAACUCAAGAUGGCUCAAGCCUAUGAACUUUGUCUAUUUGGCUGCGAGUUUGAUCCAGCUCUUUCGUUACAUUACAACGCCCUUGCUGCUAGACAAGGAGAACCCGAAGCCGAUAUGGCUAUCAGCAAAUGGUUUCUUUGUGGAUAUGAAGGUAUUUUCGAAAAGAAUGAGGAGCUCGCCUACACAUAUGCUCAACGUGCCGCUGAGACAGAGAUGGCCACAGCCGAGUUCGCCAUGGGCUACUUCUAUGAAAUUGGAAUGUAUGUCAAAAAGAAUCUUGAGAUAGCUUCACAAUGGUAUGAUAAGGCUGCCAAGCAUGGUAAUCAGGAUGCUUUGGGAAGAAUUGAUAGCAUCAGAGCGAACCAUACUCUUUCCAAGGGCGACCACGGCGCAGCGAUUCAACGUAUCAAGUCAACGCAUGGCUCUCGAAGAGGAGGAAGACCCGAGAGAUUCAAUCAAGCUAAUGCUCCACCAAUGCCAACCAUGACAGAAGAUAUCUCAUCGCCAAUGCCUCCCGCACAUAGUCAGAAACCUAAAGUUAAAAAGGGUGCUCCAGCAGGCAUUCGACCAAUUUCAAUUGCACCAUAUCCAGAGGAUGAUUUUGGUUCUGGUAAUCGCGGUAGUGCUAAAAUUAGUCCUGGUUACCCAAGAUAUCUGCCACAAGAUGGAUUGCGACAAUCAACCUCGAGUUCAACUCCAGUCGCAGAUCGACCAUCUUCUGCUUUUGGUGUUCGCCCUCAGCAGCAGCAACCACCACCACCACAUUUGGGAAUUACCCAUCAAAACACAGAGCCUAUAAGAUCAUCAUCUCCUAUGGGCACAAUGUCUUCACAGGGUCGCAAUCCAUCACCAUCACCUAGUCGCGCUCCAAACAUUCCUCCACUAAGCUUUGAAUCUGGCUACCAAAAUCCACAGCAAAGACCUACAACGUCUAAUUCGAGACCUGGAACCGCACAAUCUGCACAAUCUGUUCAGUCUUUCCAAUCUGCACAAUCCACAUACGGUUCUAGACCAGGUCCGGGUCAAAAUGUUGCACCACCACGAAAUGCUUCCAUGACACCAGUUUCGGCUGCUUCAUCCACGGCAAGUAGAACUCCUAAUAGGCCAAUGGGUAACACGAUGUCCUCACAAGGUGGUGACUCGAGACAAUCAUCAAUUUCAUCAGCUUCUACUCCUGCUCCAGCAGCAGCUCCAGCAAAACCAUCAGCGCCUGCUAAAAAGGGACCUGCAACAUUUGAGGAGAUGGGUAUUCCACAAACCAAGAGUGAAGGAGAUUGUGUCGUUAUGUAA